AUGGCUUCCAUAUUGAAGCGCAAAAGAGUUCAAACAGAGGUAGCAGAUAUUCCAAAGAGGUCUAAACCUACCUCAGAAUCUGCGGAUACUUCUACCAAAUUUGUCCAGAGCAAUGGCGGGUUUGACAUUUUUGAAGCGCUAGGAAAGGGAAAAGAAUUGGCCCAGGUCAAUGGCGCGCAUAAAGAUGAAUUAGAAUCAACAGAGGUUAUCGAUUUUGAGGAUCUGUUUGAGGAUGUGCCAUUACAAUCUACGGACUCGCAGGCAAAACGAGGAAUGAAGCCGAAGAAGGAAAUUUGGGAAAAGAAAAUUCCACAGGCACCCAAGCCAGUGAAAGAUCAAAGCUGGAAUAUUUCUGAACCUGUUGGUGGGCGUAUGAUUGAUGCCGAUCCUAUUUUUACAGAAGAUGAGAAGUAUAUGAUCUUAGCAACCCGAAUGAGCCUCCUCAUCUACUCAACCUCCGAUUCUCUCCUCACUCGAACGAUAAAAUUCGACCACUCGAAACAUCCUUUCGCUCACAUUGUCGCAUACGAGCUCUCCCCGACUGAUUCUAAUAUUGUUUGGGCAGCCUUGUCCGAUGGAGCCAUAUACCGCCUGGACUGGACUUCGGGAACUGGCAACGAUCAAUCCUGGAAGAUUUCGUCUACCGGGUGCAUACAUAUGACUGUCGCUUCUAUGGUAUCCGCUGGACGACGAAGAGAUGUGGUAUUCACAACUGAGCCUAAGAAGGACGGCGGCUGGCGAAUUACUGCGAAUGAAUUGACCCAGCCUGGUUCGCCAAUACAAACAGUCGCAAGAACCAUAUAUACUUCAACAAACCCGAUCAACUAUCUAAAAACUGCCAAUGGAGGCUCUGUACUUCUCGCGGCUUCUGGAAAGAGUAUCUUACUUGGUUAUGUUCGGAACUUGGAUUUUGAUACUACUGACAAGAUCAAGUACGUAUUCCGUAUGUUUGAUUCGACUGCUCCUAUAAUGUCCUUGGAUGCACGAGUAUAUCCUAGAACAGGUACCGAUGACAGGAAUAUAUCAAAAAAGAUUCCAGUUGUUGAUGUAGUGGUUGGCGAUGCGAAAGGAUUCAUUUUCAUACAUCGUGAUUUGCUAGGCAAUCUCAUACAAUCAGAAAAUAAAAACUAUGCAUCCAUGAUCAACCUUGUACCGACAAGAUUACAUUGGCACAGAAGGGGUGUCCAGACCGUCAAGUGGUCUUUGGAUGGAAACUACAUUAUAUCAGGAGGUAGCGAAACAGUCCUCGUGCUUUGGCAAUUAGACACCGGAAAGACGCAGUUCUUGCCUCACAUGACAUCUACUAUUCUCAAUGUGGUCGUAUCUCCUUCUGGAUCAUCGUACGGCAUUCAGCUUGCUGACAAUUCUGCAAUGGUAUUGUCUACAGCCGAGCUGGAACCGACGGCAAAUUUUGCUGGCAUCCAAUCCAGCGUCACCCAAUACGCUGAACCCCGAGCAGAUGAAGUGCAGAGAGCAAAAUCCCAUUUCUAUAAAUUUCAUGUUGUCCAGCGGACACCUGCUGUUAUCAGUUCUUCAAACCCUUCUCAUCUAUUCCUUGGUGUUGGGCAGACUCCAGAAGUGCCAUUUUACGAAGCUCCUGUUAGAAAUUGUUCAUUUUUACAGACCUAUGACCUCAGUGCUGGGCACAAUGUAUCAAAGCAAGCCCUUGCAAGGACAAAUGUCACCAGUAUUAACGAGACACCAAACGCACUUCCAGUGUCGGAGCCCAGAGUAACUCACAUCCAGAAGUCUCACGAUGGCCUUUGGCUAGCUACUGUUGAUGAGUGGACGCCAUCUCACGCCGACCUCGAUUUCGUAACUCACCAGGCUACAAACCCAUUUGCUGAAUUGAAACUGAGGCGCGAAAUCUGUUUGAAGUUCUGGCAGUGGAAAGAAGCAGAGCAGACAUGGGAAUUGGUAUCGCGAAUCAAUACUCCACACAUGGCAAGUGAUGCCGCACCUGGAGCCGGUCAAAUCCUGGGUCUCGCCACAGAUCCUAGCUCCUUGAGAUUUUCUACGAUAGGAGAAGACAGUGUGGUGCGAACAUGGGUUCCAAAAACUCGAAAAAGAGAUGGCAUUGCAGUCAAGGAUGGGAAGGGCAACGCUCUCAAAAACUGGCACUGCCAGCAUGAAAUUCAACUUGAAAAGUCUGAGCUUACAGAUGACUAUUUGCGUAGUACGCCAUACAAUGGUGCUAUAGCCUUCGCGGAUGAUGGCUCGAUUCUAGCUGCAGCAUUUGGUAGAAACGGAACAGUUCACAUGAUCGAUCCCGAACAAGGCUCCGUCACCGCUUCACAGCACGGCCUAUUUGAAGGUAGUAUCGUGGCCAUGGAGAUCUUGGGCAGAGAUCUCAUAACCCUAUCCGAUUCGAUUCGUGUACAUGAUUUGGUUUCGGAUCAAUUGAGGUAUAGCUUAAAGCUUUACAAAUCUAUCACACGCAUGCAUAUUAUACAAAAAAUUGAAAUGAUGCAUCUAGCCAUCAAUCGAAACAGUCGCACAUUCGCAGUCGCUAUUCCAAUGAGACUUACCCCUCCGUCAGCAGAGGAGCUCAGAGAGCAAACUUUCCCGCCAACGUAUUCUGGGUUCGCCGUUUUUGGUCAGGAAAGUCAAGUGCCACUGUUGACCGAGUGCUUCGAGACUGCUGUCUCGGCUAUUAUACCCACUGAGGAUUCGGAAGGAUUCUUGGUCCUCAACGGAGCUGCUGAAGUCCGAAAUGUGAUGAAGAAGGGCACUCAACCAAUGACCGCAUUAGCCCAAUCAACUACUGAGCUUCAAUUGGAUGCGAUUGCAGAUGAGUCAACCGGUGAUCUGCUACAAAUGCUCGAGGAUGUUGAGGAUGAGCCGGAAGAAGCUGAACCUUUAUCGCCUGCAGUUAUUGAGGAUGAUGAUGAUACACCUGUUGUGACACAACAAGCACUUUCAGGUGUAUUUGAUAUUGGGCCAGCAUUUGCAUUGCCACCCUUGGAGGAGAUGUUCUAUCAAGUGGCAGGAUUGUUUUCUAGUAAACCUUUGGAAAAGAUGGUAUAA